UCACUAAUCGAAAUUCACAACAGCUCACUGUAGUAUAAUGAAAAUAACCGCCAUUUAUUUACAUUAUCCGAACGCGUCGAAUUUUUACCGUGCGGCAAGUCUGUGAAGUAAGUUAUUGAAGUUUGAGCAAUCGACGCACCGAUGUGAUGGCGGUAAAACGAAAGGACAAGGAGGGCAACAACCAUCAUGACACGCCGUCCAAGAACAAGAAGAUCCGGCAAGAAAAGGAAAAAGCCGGCGAUUUCUCCGACGACGACCUGUCCGACAUCGAAGACUCUGGUGAAGUAUUCAACGGCAUCCGAAUCCCAGCAGAAUUGCCACCGAUCCGGUCGGCAGAGGAGACGGCCGGUCCUCGUAUGAUCAUCACUCACAUUGUCGCCAACAAUUUCAAAAGCUAUUACGGCGAAGUCACCAUCGGUCCGUUCCACAAGAGUUUGACCAGUAUCGUCGGCGCCAACGGCAGCGGCAAGAGUAACGUCAUCGAUUCUCUGUUGUUUGUCUUUGGAUACCGCUCAACAAAGAUCCGUUCGAAAAAAGUCUCCGUUUUGAUACACAAAUCGGAUCGCCACAAAGAUCUCCGUCAGUGUUCCGUUACAGUACAUUUCGUGCAAAUCAACGAUGACGACAAUCAAGACACGGGUUACAAUGCCGUGCCCGGUUCGGAAGUGGCAAUUACUCGUACAGCAUUUAAAGACAACACUUCCAAUUACACUCUGAACAAUAAACGUGUAAAAUUCAAGGAAGUAGCAACUGUGUUGAAGAAAAACGGAAUUGACUUGAUUCAUAAUCGUUUUCUUAUUCUACAGGGAGAAGUGGAACAAAUAGCCAUGAUGAAGCCCAAAGCGGAAAAUGAACAUUCGACUGGUAUGCUCGAGUAUUUAGAAGACGUCAUUGGUACCGCUCGAUAUAAGAAACCACUUGAAAGACUUGCCGAAAAAAUGCAAGUUUUGGGCGAAGAGAAAAAUGAAAAAAUAAGUCGUUUAAAGUUUAUUGCAAAAGAAAGAGACGAACUCAUAGAACCAGUGGAAACGGCUAUUAGAUAUUUGAGAAUGGAAAACCAGUUGGCCCAAUUUGAAAACAAAAAAUUUCAAAAACAAUUAUCUGAAGUGAACAAACAAAUUGCGAAUAAAACGGAAGAUCAAAAUUCAAUAAAGGAAAAAUUAAGAGCUAUAGAAGAAGAACUUGAAACAAUAGCCGAGAGUAAGAAAGAUAAAGAAGACGUUUUGCGCAAUCUUACUGAAAAGUUAAAAGCGGAUUUAAAAAAAAAGGACGGUGUUGAAAAAAAAUUAAAAGUUCUUAUGAAUGAGGACUCAGAACUUAAAAACUACUUGGUGCAGACAAAAGAACACAUUAAGAAGUAUGAGAAAUCGAUCAAGACCGAAGAAAACAAAAUUACCAAAGCUCAAGGAGUGCCGAAAAUAAAAGAAGCCGAACUCAAGCGUUUGCAGUCCAGUGUGGCGCCAUUAGAAGAAGAGUGUGUGAAGCUCGAGGCGAAUUAUACUAAAGUGAAUUCGAGCGGAUUUGAAAAAUCGAAAAAGUUUAGAGAAGAAAAAGACGCGUUGGCGCCAGAAGAAUUAAAACUGCAAAAACUUGUCGGCAGCAAACAGAAUCAGUUUCAAACUUUGAAAACCCAAUUCGAAGUUCUUCUAGAUACCGAAAAGUCUGAACGAGAGAAAUUGAGAAAACUCGAAGAACAAUUGACCAGUGGUUCCGAAGAAUACCAAGAAAAUAUAAGAAAAAAAGAAAAUGCCGAAGAAGACAUUCGAAAUUGUGCAAAGCUAAUUGCCGAAAUGGAGAAAAACAUUGAUAAGUUACAAAAAGACGAACAACAAAUGAAACAGAAAUUGCAAAACAUACGACAGAGUCUGACGGAAAAAAGAUCGGCCUACGCCGAAACCACUGAACGGAGUCGGCCAAUACAGUAUAUUUUAACAUUCAAAGACAGCGGAGAAAUACGGGGAAUUCUCGGAAGAUGCGGAGAUUACGGUCAGGUAGAAGGUAAAUACGACAUACCCGCUUGCACGGCUUGCGGUUCUACCGAUCAGAUUGUUGUCGAAUCGUCGGACGCCGCUCACGCUUGUAUUCAAAAACUGAGGCAGAACAAAAUUGGACGUUUGACUUUUUCCAUUUUGCCACAAAUACAAAAGCUAAAACCUCGUGCCGACGCCAACAACAAUUACCCAGAAAAUGCGAAAAGAAUAUUCGAUUUUAUUCAAAUACUGGAUCAACGUUUCAGAAUGACAUUUUAUUCUGGUUUAUAUGAUACGCUAUUGGCCAACGACAUCGAUCAGGCGAGACGUAUAGCAUUUGGUUCCCAAACUCGUUACCGAGUGGUCACCUACAAAGGAGAUUUGAUCGAUCAGUCGGGUAUCAUGUCGGGAGGCGGAAGACCAAUCAAAGGUAAGAUCGGACCGCAAGAAACUAGAUCGAGAUGUGCCAACACUUCUGCGAGUCAAGUCAGCCAAAGUGAAGUGGAAAAGUUGGAUAAAAUCGCCAAAGAUUUGGAACAAAACCUGAGGAACACUCAGACGAGCAUUUACGACAAUCAGGCCGGCGUAGAGCAGAAUCGUAGACGAAUCACCGAUCUAAACAUGAUUGUCAAGCAGUGUUCAUCGCGUAUUAACGCGUGGAAAGAAAAAGAGAAUCAAGUUAACAAAUUGAUUGAAGCGCAAAAACUUGUAAUCGUACAAAAGAAAACCGACCCAGUCGCAGUUGCCAAAAAGGAGGCAGAAAUUAAAAAAGCCGAAAAAGAAUUGGAAGAAGCCAAUAAAGAAUACAACGAGAUCAAGUCCAAAACGGACAAACUGAAACAGAAAAUUGAAGAAAUUACAGAAGGUUUGCCGAAAGAAGCUAAACGACUUUUGGACGAAGCGACCGCUAAAUUGGAAAAAACUCGUAGUGAAAUCAAUCAAGUUAACGUCGACAUACAAGCAGCUGAAAGACAAAUAAAGAAAUCUCGAGGACAAAUCGAGACAUUACAAGGCGACGUGGUAGAAGGCAAUAACAGAAUAGAAUCUUUUAAAGAAAAAUUGAAAAAAAAUGAAGAUGUUAUAGCCGAAUUAAACGAAAGAUUAACAGAAAUGAAUAACGACGUUGACGAGCAAAAGAAAAGCAUAGACGAGAUCAAGAAUAAGGACGAUGAAAGUCUUCGCAGGAGUCACGAGUUGCGCAAAGACAAAGUUAAAUUAACUCAAGACUUGGACGUUUCUGAUUCCGAAAAAGCAAAACUGUCCGACCAUCGUAAACAUAUUAAGAACUCUUUGAAAAAAUUGAAACUUCACGAUAUUCCGCGUAUUGACAACACUCAAAGAGAUCCGAUCUUGGAAUCGUAUCAAAAUCGUGCGGCCGACAAGAAUGGUAACGAAGGAGAAACUGCCGACAAACCACAAGAAAACAAAGAUUCCGCUGAUGACAUGGAUGUUCAAGAAAAAGACAAAAACCAAGAAGACGUCGAGGACGAAGACAAGAACGACAAAGAGCUAAUUCAAUACACCGACGAAGAGUUGGAAGAAUUAAACUACAAAGAUCUCAACUUGAAGCUGUGUACGUUGACCGAAGAGUUGAAAAAAGAAAAACCUAAUUUUGGAAUACUUGAAGAGUAUCAAAACAGAACGAGACAAUAUAAUGAAAAAGCAGACGAAGUGGCUAAAGUAUUAAAGACGUACAACGAUCACGCCGACAUGAUAAACAAAGUGCGACAACGGAGGAAGGACGAAUUUAUGGCUUCGUUUAGGAAAAUCACCAUCAAGCUGAAAGAAAUGUAUCAGAUGAUAACAUUGGGUGGCGAUGCCGAACUCGAGUUGGUCGACUCGUUAGAUCCGUUUAGCGAAGGCGUUAAUUUCAGCGUGAGGCCUCCGAAAAAAACUUGGAAAGUAAUAUCGAAUUUAUCUGGCGGCGAAAAGACGUUAUCUUCUUUGGCGCUCGUUUUCGCUCUGCACUAUUACAAACCGUCGCCGCUUUACGUCAUGGAUGAAAUUGAUGCGGCUUUAGAUUUUAAAAAUGUAUCGAUAAUCGCAUACUAUAUAAAGGAGAGGACGAAAAAUUCUCAGUUUAUUAUUAUUUCGCUGCGUUCGAACAUGUUUGAAAGAGCCAAUUUAUUAGUUGGCAUUUACAAAACAAACGAUUGUACGCAAUCGAUUACGAUCAAAACUGAUAUGUAUCAAGACAAACAGUCGGGUCCGAUCGCUCAGUCUCAAGCUACGGCUAUUGAGUCGUCAUAACCAAACCGUACAUUUUAAUUAUUUAGAAUAUUUUGUUUAUUUUUCUAUUAAUAUUUAAACAAUAAAUAAUUAUAUUAUGUGUGUAUAAUUUAUAUUCAGAUUUUUAUUAUUAAAAUUAAUGAACCUUUAUGUUUAUAUUAUGUUGCUAGUUGUGUAAUAACAUUUUUUUUGAAAUAUUUUUACUUGAUAAUAAACACACAAUUAACUAUUUAUAUAAUAUGUAUCAUAAUUUUUCUUUGUCAAUAAAAUCAUUUCUUCUGCUUAGCUUAUAAGGCAUGUACAUAGGCUUACGUGCACAGUUGUAGGGUGAGCAAGUAAGGGAGGUUUAGCGUUCACAGAAAAGCUCAGUCGU